AUGGACGACACACCGGAUCCGGAUCCUAUUGAAACUGUGGAAGAAGAUUCUCCUAUCAAUCUGUCUGCGACGGAUACUCAAGAGAGCCAAGGCACUGCGAUUGCAGUAGAGCCAGGUACUGUGGUUUCCGACGAAACUGCCGUCGAAGAGCCUGCUGUCAAAGAGCCUGCCACUACAGAAGAGCCUCAUACAGCUGAAGAGCCUGUUGUUUCUAAGGAGCCUGCUUCUGAAGAACCUGCAGCUCCUGAAGAACCUGCUGCUUCUGAUGAGCCUACUACAGUCGAAGAGCCCACAGUCGAGGAGCCUGUUGCUGUCGACGAACCUCCUGUGGUUGAAGAGCCUGCUGUCGAAGAGCCUGCCGUCGAAGAGCCUGCUGUCGAAGAGCCUGCCGUCGAAGAGCCUGCUGUCGAAGAGCCUGCUGUCGAAGAGCCUACAGUCGAAGAGCCCGUUGCUGUCGACGAACCUCCUGUGGUUGAAGAGCCUAUAGCCGAAGAGCCUACAGUCGAAGAGCCCGUUGCUGUCGACAAACCUCCUGUGGUUGAAGAGCCUCCCGUGGUUGAAGAGCCUAUAGCCGAAGAGCCUACAGUCGAAGAGCCCGUUGCUGUCGACGAACCUCCUGUGGUUGAAGAGCCUCCCGUGGUUGAAGAGCCUAUAGCCGAAGAGCCUACAGUCGAAGAGCCCGUUGCUGUCGACGAACCUCCUGUGGUUGAAGAGCCUGCUGUCGAAGAGCCUGCCGUCGAAGAGCCUGCCGUCGAAGAGCCCGUUGCUGUCGACGAACCUCCUGUGGUUGAAGAGCCUGCUGUUGAAGAACCUACUAUUCUUGAGGCGCCUGCUACAGUCGAAGAGGCUGCUACAGUAGAAGAGCCUCCUGCUGUCGAAGAGCCUGUUCCUAUUGAUGAACCUCCUGCGGCUGAAGAGCCUACUGCUCCUGCCGUCGAAGAGUCUCCUGCUGUCGAAGAGCCCCCUGCUGUCGAAGAGGCCGCUACAGUCGAAGAGCCUCCUGCUGUAGAAGAAGAAGCUGUGGUCGAAGAGCCUGUUGUCGAAGAAGUUGAGGCUUCACUUCAAGACACCACAGAGGCCUCUACAGAGGAAAUACCUGUUGAAAAGCCAUCUGAUGGCAUAGUAACUGAGCAGCCAGCUCCUGAGGACAUCACCCCAGAGACUGAAGCUAGCGGUUCAGUGUCUGAAGAGCCCAUAGCAGAGUCUUCGGUGGAUGAAAAUUCUGCUGCAACAGACGCGGCUAUAGAGAAAGAAACAUCUGAGGACCCUGCUGCAGCAGAAGCACUGUCUGCAGAAUCCAUGACUGAAGAGCCAUCCGCAGAAGAAGCUGUUCCUGAUAGCGUCCCUGCAACUGAUCCUACCCCCGAGUCAAUCUCUGAGGGCUUGGCGCUGGACGAGACUGCCCCUGCAGAAACCGCUACCCCUGAGGAAGUUAUUCCUGCCGAAGAACCUGCAGCCACAACAGCUUCCGACGUACCCGUCGAAGAUGCUACUUGUCAGGAACCGACCACCGAUGGUGAUAUCACUGAAACUGCCCCAACUGAGCCAGCUGAACCGUCAGCGACAGAAACGGGAGUAGAGGCAACCGAACAAACAGAAAAGGCGUUGGAUACCGCACCUGAGGCCGUGGUGGAGGAGGCCGCACCCGCAGAGACCACUCCAGAAGAUGUCACACCCGAGGACUCUGCUGCAGUCGAUGCUACUGUCGAAGAGCCAGCAUCACAUGCGGCUGCUUUAGAAGAAACAACAGUAGCCGAACCGACCCCUGCAGACUCCGCCCCUGAAUCUGCGACAAAUAACGCUUCCCCAGAGGCUAUAUCGGCGGAGACAGCUUCCAACGAAGUCAACAAUGAAGAGCCUUCGACAUCUGAUGAGCACUCCGCUCAAGAGAUUGCGGAUCCAGAGGUGGCAAGUGAGGAAAUUGCAAAGGAAGACGACCUUGAAGAAUCUUCCCCGGCAGAUAUUAGAGGUGACAAUCCAGCAGAGGGCGAGUCGCAACCAGAGGAUCAAGCGCAAACUGCUCCCGAAGUAUCCACCAUUGAGACCCCCGUUGAGCACGGAUCCUGUGAAGAACCGCCAUUACCACAGCCGAACAAGAUCGAUGAAGCAGAGAAAGCCACGGAAGAAACUUCAACAGCUCCGGAGGGGGAGGGCGCUACACCUCAGGAACCGCACACAGAAUCUAAAGAAACCGCCCUGACUGUCGAGAAUGAGGAUACACACAGCAACGACGAGCUCAUCGCAGGAGCUGUUGCCGCUGCUGGUGUUGGCGUUGCAGGAUAUCUGGCUGCCGCCAAUAUUAGGAAAGACUCGGGCGAUGACAACACCGCAAGGGAGGUUCCUGGAUCCAAUACAGCAGACGCUAUCUCACGUCGAAGCUCGGUGGACAAGUUGACCCAAACUCUCGCAAACCCCCCACCAUCAAGGCAAAUUAUUAUUGCCGACCAAAAAGACGCCGAUGUGGACGCCAACUUCAACCUUGUACAGCGAGAAGGUUAUUCAGACUCUGGGACGCAAACAGAUACUUCAGUUUUGAGUCUUCGUCCCUCGACACCAGCCGUGGUUUUACCUGAACUCCCCAUAUCACCAGCGGCCAAAGAAAGAUCAAAGGCUCUAAGAAGACAACGGAAGGUCUCCAUCAAGAAAGCCGAAGAGCUUGUGGCAGCUGCCGUGAUUAUCUAUGCUACGGCGGAGGCCCUCCGCUCACCCAUGCGCCCUUUGUCCCGGAGCACUCAAAUUACCAAGGCCACGAGCAACUGGGAGCCACAGAUUAAGAUCAAACCGAAAAGGGCCUUUUUAUCGAGGAAAAGAAGGAUGCAGAGGCUCGUGAAAAGCACCGGCGACGCCGCCACUCUUCUACUCACCACCUAUCAUCGCACUCUAGCCGCAGUCGAGGCGAAGAAGAAAACAGAGACGACAGCAGACGCUACUCACAUCACUCCCAUCACUCCCAUCACUCCAGCCGACGACACCGUACAGACAGACAGCGGUUUCUCGGAAAGCCCACAGACCGUCAUUCACCGAAGACUCCGGAGCGAACGCAGUGAGCACAGUGAGCGUAGCGGGAGGACGGAAAGAAGCGAGCGCAGCAGUCGCUCUGAACGAACUCCUGAAGAACAAGCCGCCCAUGAUCGCCGCAAGGAAGAACGCAGACUUGCGCGUGAAAAGGAGAAAGAGCGCGAAAAAGAGAAAGAGCGUGAACGCGAGGCUGAGCGUGAGCGGGACCGCGACCGCAACAGACGCCGCGAGAGAGAACGCGAGCGCGAGCGCCAGCGUGAGAUGGAACGCGAAGCCGAAGAAAAGGCGCGGUCAUAUCGCAAGGGCAAGGAGCCCGAGGUCAUGGCCAAGCCUGAGGAGAUGGCGGGACGCAGCCAUCGCCGCUCUCGCCGCCACAGCACCGCAGAACAACACCGUCCGGAGCGUACCCUCAGCAAGAGAAAUCCCAGGGACCCCUCACCAGGAAAGACGAAGAACUUUUUCAGCCUCCAUGACGAAGGUGCGAUUGAAUCGAAACCCCCUCCCCAGGAUCCCCCUCCCCCAGAAAUCAAGAGCGGCAUGCCAACGGAUGACAAUGCAGGACAAGAAGAGGCAACUGGUUCACGCAGUCUCCCGAAGCGGUCCAACACGACGCGCGAGAGACACAGCCACAGCCACAGCCACAGCCAUACCCGUCGGUCUGAAGACGUUGGAAGACCCAGCAAGCUGCAGAAGGCACGUGAGCAAGUUGCCGAAGAAGCAUCGCGUAAGGCGGCCGAAAAGCCCAGGUCACAUCAUUCGGAUGAUACUCGGCGGCGCGCCCGCGAAGAAGAGCGACGAAGGACGAGAGACGUCGAGAAGGAAAGAGACAGGGGCAGAGAAAAGGAGAAGGAGAAGGAGAAGGAGAAGACAAGCGGGAUCAAGGGCAUGUUCAAGCGGCUGUUCAACUAA